GAGGAAUCCGAGCAAACAGUCAGAGAGUGAACUAGACUGUCAUCUCAGCCCUUGGCUUCCAUCGGACCUUGCCCUACAUCUAGAUUCUCAAAUGUCCAUCCCCAAGUAGAUUUGCGAACCCCCCUUUGAUAAACGAGGAACUUCGGCAUUUCGUUACUGCGAAUGCCCACCUGUAAUUGGUGAACCCACUUGUCGACGGGCCUCAUGCGUUAGGCCAGCAACGCCAUCAUGAUGAAACUCGCUUGUCAAAGAUGCAAGCACAAGAAGAUCAAGUGCGACAGAGCAGAGGGUACAUGCCACCAAUGUGUGCUCGCCCAAGCGGAAUGUAUCUAUAUUGAGCGCAAGAAGAGGCCUCGUUUAACCCAACAAAAGAACGAUGUGACGGCUUUGAACCGAAGGCUAGAGUUUCUCGAACGGCAACUCAGCAGAUCAGAAAGGGAGGCAUCAAGUUCAUCACUGCCGAAAGAUGAUGUUCCCCUUGAUCCUUCAACACAAUCCAGAUCUUCAGUAUCUCCUGUAUCUCCUGAGGUGCUACUCACCGUGGAAGGAAACGGCCAGGCUUCAUGGAUUCACCGACUCGCCAGUGACACUAAGCGCAACUUCGAGAAGGUCAAUAUCCAGAGCCACCAAAGCCCUGCUGAUACUCCAGCGAGCUUGACUGUCGACACAGCCAUGUGUGCGCUCACUAAGGCAUUGGACGACCUCGCAAACUUACGCAUUCGAGAUGAAGUGAGGCCAAAGAGACUUGCUCUGAAACUCACACCAGACAAAGCAAGAGAGUGUAUCAAAAUUUUCAUGGAAGUCAUACAGGCGAUGGUAAUCCCUCAAGCUUUCACGAGCGGCAUCGACCUGGCAAUACUGAACGUAAUACCGGACGUCAUAGAAUCAUCAAUGUCUUCCUAUGUCAAUAUUGACCCUUGCAUUAAGGUCAUAUACUACAACGCACUUUACUACGGUCUGCGCAGAAUCGAUGGCCCAGGCAGUGAGCUUGCUCAAGCAGCCUAUUGUAUGUGCUUGGAGGCAGUUCCUGGAUGGCUGAAUACAACGGCUGGGACAGAUUUGGACGCCCAAACUGCGGCCUUGACUGCAUGGACUGCUUGCAACCAGUUCGAUUACCAAUUGUCGUGGCAGUUCCAUUGCAAAGCAUGCCAGUUCAUAAAGGCAAAGGGAGUGGAUCGCCUUGAUGCUCGUCUUCCCAAGUCCGUCGAUGAAGAGGAUUUGCAGCACAGUUCGCGGUACCUAUAUUGGCAUUGCCUACAGACAGACGAUCUUUUCAGAAUCCUAUACAACAAACCUUCGGCUUUAAGAUACAAGAAAAACGAAGUCAAGCCUCCUUCGCUGUUCACAGCCUCGAAUAUGCAGCCUAGUGCAACACAAACGAUCCUGUAUAACGUCUGGGUGCGAUACACGGCCAUGACAAGAGAAAUGACCGACGAAUUAGACAAAGCACUGGCAAGUAAUGGCACAGAAGAUGCAAUGCGCGUUGCCGAUGAAUACUGCUCCAAACUCGAGAACAUCAUCAUCGAAUGGGAUCUCGAAACACUAUCCAAAGCCCCCAAAUACUCCAAAUCAGUGGCUCUACUUUUCGCCGACCACACGAUGAACAUCUACGCCACGAUAAUCGGCGCGAAGCGACGAGCCCGCCAAAAGAACGACACGCCCCUUGUCGACGAACUCGGCCUCCGCGCCGCCCGCAAAGUCAUCAACCUCAUCCUCUACUUCAACACGCAAACCCCCGGGUUCGGCGACGCGGGCGUCAUCUUCGUCCACUUCAUCAGCUUCUACCCCUUCUGCGCCGUCUUCUCGCUCUACGAGCACAUCCUCGCCUGCACGGACCCAGAGCAAUGCGAAGCGGACCUCCAACUCCUCGAGAACAUCGAAGUCGCCGUCCGCGCCGGCUGCGAAGUACACCCAGACCUAUACCCCUUAUCCAACACCAUCACCGCGCUCAACGCCGUCUCCCGCAGCACCCAAGACCUCCGCCGCAACGGCCCUAGCCCUGCCUACCAAAGCCCGCCAACCCACUCCUCCUCCGCUUCCACCAUGCCCUCCCCCGCGACCCAACAACACCAACAACCGCACAUGAAAUCCUCUUCCUUCACGCCCAUGGGCCAGUCCACACAGCCAGUCACCUCCUCCCGCGGCUUCAACCUCCCCAUGUCCACGCUCGACGGCCUGCAGUUCCAGAUGCCGCCGCCCGAGUCGUCGACGGUGGGGCCGUUCGGCCCGGGCGUACCGCUGCUGCAGGACUUCCCGAUGGGGGCGGGGGAUAGCUUUGAGCCGUUGGGGUUCGUCAGGGCGCUUGAGAGCGACUUCAUGGCGAAGAAUUGGCACGAGCCGUGGUGGGAUAUGAAGUGUGGGGAUAUCGGCGCGGGCGUUGAGGGUGGGACUGGGGAUGCUGAGAUGGGUGGUGGUGGUGGGUUUGAGGGGCAGGGUUAGGUUUUGUUCGUGGGUUUGUUGGUUGUAUGUUAAUGGACUGUAAUGGUGAUGAGUGGUUUGGAAGGAAGGAGAUGGGUUUCUUUCUACGCUUACGCCGUCUAAUAAUCAUGGAAACUUGAAUGUAUAAUUACGAUAAGUAAACACAUAGAUCUUCAGAUUAGCGCCAAUGAUACGAUAUGUAUAUCACGAUCAUAUCAACGCGCCCUCGGCAUCGAC